CAAGGCGUAAAGUCUCGAAAUUUUUGAACUUGCAUAAAGUUUUUGGAAUUACUGAGUACAAUGGAGAAACGUCUGCCUAGCAGAGUGUCUGAGGGUCAGUGGAAUAUUUUAAUAGAUUUCCUUGAGCAACACCCUAAUCUAGCUAGAGCACGUGGAUACAACAACAGUGCGCAUGGAAGAGCUGAGUCAUUCCGCUUGUGGCAAGAGGUGGCUAACUCGUUGAAUGCAGAAGGUUCUGGUACAACUAAAUCUCCGAAGGAAUGGUCUGUUUAUGUUAGCAACUAUAAAAGUAAACUGAAAAAGAUAGUUGCUGAUAUAAACACUGACUGCAGUAGCACUGGCGGAGGGCCUCCCAGGUUAAGUGCAAAAUUAGCAGACUGGGAUACAAGAUUUCUGGCCCUUUUAGGACCAGGAUUUGGCCAGGCAGAACCUCGGGUGCUGGUUCAACCCUUUCCUAAUGAGCAGCCUUCCACCUCUGCACAAACACCUCAAAUGUGCGAAGUAGGAGAUAUUAUACAAACAUCGGAGGAAGCAGUUCCAGUGGAAAUUGAAGAGGAACUUCUAGUACUACCUUCGGAGAUACCUAAUAAUGACAACAGGCCAUUAUUGCCUAGACAAAGAAGGCAAAAAAGGGUUCGCACUCGGCCACUAGCUCCUUUAGAUGAGGCACGGAGAAUACUCUCCCAAGUUGAGAUGCAGCGUGCUGCAGCAGAUGCUGCUAGUGCUGAAGGUCUUCAAAAUAUAGGACUUAAUUUAGGACGUUUAGCUAAUACAGCUGAGCAAUACUUUCAAUACAUAGUUUCUCUUAGACCUGCAUAA